AUGUCGUCCUCGGGCUCAUCCUUUACUUCGUCGUCGCUCGGUUGUCCACCAACUUACGGAAGGACGUACGUCAGUCCAGUUGAUUCAACCUGGACUCCCACCUCUGGGAUAUCAACAAUUUCUGCCCCGACCACCGAGGGGUCGGGAACUGGAACCUCGGUGCUCGAUCUGGGGCCCCCAGGUUUCCAAGCAACAAUAAUUCUUUUCCAAGACACUCCUGACGAACGAGUCGUUUACCUAGGGCCCUGGGAAGUGGUCGGUUCUGAGCAGCGCCGUGUGCUCUGGCAAGGCAGCUAUCAGAACGAGCUUCUCGAACACUACUUGCCCUCUGAUACCCCCUCUGACAUACACCCACAUACCCUCCACUCGCGCCAUCGUCCGUACUACGACGCUUCCGAUAUGGAGCGAUAUCUUACAUUCCAGGAACCUCACCGAGUCCGAUACACGACCGAUGAAGGAAUCUGUAUACAUGACCAGUACGUCACAAUCAGAUAUGAGUUCACGACAGUCGAAAGCUCUAUCCAAUUUCAAGGAGAUUUGCGUAGGAAGGAUCUGGUCGAUUUCUACGAUGUCGACGUUGUCUGGACCAAUGUUCAUGGUCGUACAGAUGGCUUCGGCAAAGUAAAGGGCAUAGGCGCAAUCCAGAGACUCAAGUUGUGGAGGGAUCGAUAUACCACUUUCCAUUCGCUCAAUGUGUGUGCGAAUAAGACGGACGGCCAGUACCGAGAAUACGAUGUUCAUUGUUUCGAUGGUGAACUUCGUGGACGAGAUGAUAGAGCGAAGCAGCUUCGACUCAAUGCAUCUGGGCGGCGUCAUAAUUCGGGCGAGGACCAGCAGUCACACCGGCGCUUUUCGCUACCGCAUCGCAUGCGUUCUCGAACCAGGACAAGUGAUUCCUCGGAGCCAAGAUCGCUGCAGCAGCCGACACUUGACAUACGAUAUCUGUCUAUCCAAUUUACUGAGCGCCAAGCAUACCGACGAUUUAUCGAGACAUGGCUUUAUUGCCACAGCUCGGACCGUGAAUUCAACGGCAUCCCCUUCCCACCGAACCAUUUCGAAUUACCCUCGCCGCAGAUUUUGCCGGGACAUUCUCCCGAUUUACCGGUAUCUGGCUGGCCGAACCAUACACUCGAUUCGGUGCCAGAACCCUCGGACGCGGCCGAAGCUACGCCUUGA